AUGUCUGGCGCAGGAGCCCGCGAGAAUGUGUUCGCCACGCGCAUGGCCCUCACCAACACCAAGCUGCGGCUGAAAGGGGCGCAGACCGGACACUCCCUACUCGCGAAGAAGCGGGACGCACUGACGACUCGAUUCCGCACCAUCCUGAAGAAGGUCGAUGAGGCGAAGAGGAAGAUGGGCAAGGUGAUGCAAGUGGCCUCGUUCUCGAUGGCGGAGGUGACAUAUGCGACGGGCGACAUCGCCUAUCUCGUCCAAGAACAAGCCAAACAAGCCACAUUCCGCGUCAAAGCAAAGCAGGACAACGUAUCCGGCGUCAUCCUGCCCGCGUUCGAAGUGGAACGUGUUUCCGGCUCAGAUUUCAAUCUUACUGGGUUGGGGAGAGGAGGACAGCAGAUUAUCAAGGCGAAAGAGGUGUAUGCGAAGGCGAUUGAAACUCUGGUGGAGCUCGCUUCGCUGCAAACUGCUUUCACCAUCUUGGAUGAAGUCAUUCGGGCAACGAAUCGUAGGGUCAACGCAAUCGAACAUGUCAUCAUGCCUCGACUGGACAAUACCAUCAAGUAUAUUAUGAGCGAGUUGGAUGAAAUGGACAGAGAGGAAUUCUUUAGACUGAAAAAGGUCCAAGGGAAGAAGAAACGAGAUGCAGCUACCCGAGAAACCAUCAGGGAAACAGAAGCCUUGGACCAGAAAAACAAUGGCCAGACACCGGCAGCGGUAGAGCCUUCGGUAGGAGUUGAUGAUGAAGAGAGCACAGAUUUGCUGAGCGGGAAAGACGCUGAUGUUAUCUUCUAA